UCUUUGGAUUAUGAUUAUUACACAUCAAUAAACACCAACAGACAUUUCAAAGAGCUUCUGAGCACAGAAUAACUUACCACGACACUCUUCUAAUCGCGGAGAAUCUCUCAAUUCUGCAGGAGAAGAUGAACGCGGAAAUCACGUGGCCUCUGCCGCCUUCCCUGAUGAAGGAUUAGCCGCAAUUCACCUGCACGUCCCCCGUCCAAGCUCCAUCGGACUUCCGCAUAUCUCGACGGUCCAAGGCCUCACCCCACACCCAUCAUCGUCCCUACCAAACACCCGAACGCACCUCAACAUGGCCGAGAAACGCACCGCCGCCGGCGGCGACACCGACUUCCGGCGCACCUUCAACCGUGAGGAAGCCGCCGCACGAGGCGCCGAGCGCGAACGCCGUGAACGCGAAGAAGCAAAGGCUCGCUACGAAGCCAAACUCCAGGGAAAGAAGUACUACCGCCGGGAAUCCUCACCUCCCGAUGCGCGUCCGACGGAGGCGCGCACCCGGCGCCUCGACAUGGCGUCCAUGGUGGGCAAGACUAUGGUGGUGCCUGCGGGCGCGGCGGUGGGAAGGAGAGGGAGGGGAGCGGGUUUCUAUUGCGAGGCUUGCGACUUGACGUUCAAGGAUAAUAAGGCGUUUAUUGAGCAUGAAAUUAGUCCACAGCACCUUCGAGCCAUCGGGGAGACGGGCGAGGUGAGGGUCGCGACGUUGGAAGAGGUACGGGAACGGCUGCAAAUGUUGGCGGAGAGGAAGAGGGAGGCUGCGAAGGCGAAGGACGUGGUGAUUGAUGUGGAUGCUCGGUUGGAGAUGACGAGGGAGAGGGAGGAGCAGGAGAGGCAAGAGAAGAGGGAGAAGAGGAAUCAGAAGAGGAGGAAGCAGAUGGACCCGUUGGAGGCGGCGGAGGCGAUGCUCAAGCGGAAUAGUGGGGAUUGAAGGGUUUAGUUGGAUCUUUCUGGGCAAGAGUUGGUCAUUGGUGACGGGUCCCAUGCUGAUGCGCUUGAACAGCUACUUGGUGGUGGCUUGAGCACACUGAGGCGAGGACGAAACAAGAGGCCUGGACUAAGGGCUUCAUGCCCUCGUGAUGCCUUGAGAGUGUUCGCAGCACCGGACUUUAUGGACCGCGUCUUUUCGCCGCAACGACACACUAUCGGUCAUCUUUGCACAGCCAUCGACUAUCAGUCAUGUCCAGAAACAAUCGGUUUCUCUGCGCUCACAGAGUUCCGAUUCCGGCGAGAUAAAACUGCGCGGGCUUUUGUCAUACCGUAGCACAACAGUCAAGUUCACGACCGUACGAACAGCAGAAGUGAAGAGGGAAGGUAGA